CUACUUUUCCUAGUUCGGAUCCAAAGUCAAAUAUCUUUCAACACACUGAAUCAAUAAUUGAGAAACAAAAGCGUCUCGCUAACAUUUCCCCCAAUAUGAAAGUAAUAAAUAAUCAGUUAUUCAACACCACUGAAUCAAUGCAAACAGAAAAACCUGAUGAAUUUCCAUCCUUUUCUGAAUGUAAAUUAUCUUCACCUAAAUUUUAUAAGGCUAAGACUGCACCAGCUUGGAUUAUUACUGUAUGUUCAGAAAUAUGGACAAGACUAUUGUCAACACGUAAACCAGAGUCUUGUCUGACUGAAACACAAAAUCAAAUUUCUGGUGCUGAACUAGUUUCCAAUUUUAUGGCUGAUGAAAAUAAAACUGAUCGUAAUCUUAUAUGCGGUGUUUGGCAAUUAUUAUUGGAUGAAAGAGCAAUUGAACCCAUCCUGUCCUCAAAUCAAGAUGAAAAUAUCAAUCCUAUUGAAUUUUAUGAUCGAAAUGAUGUUUUCUAUGUGCGAAGUCGUCUGAAAGAUAAGCGUCUGUCUAUUGAAGAAGCCUUGGCAACUACUGAAAUUUGUCCAAAUGUAACUGGAUCAAAUAAAGAAGAUUAUGAAACGCUGGAAUUCAGAAAAAGAACUUCAAAUGCUCAGAAUACACACAAUAGUUCAUGUGAAAAAAACAAUGAACACGUUGAUGUAGAUGAUGCUAAUAGCGUUGAAGACUGUUAUCGAGUAUUAAUUGAGAGACUUUAUCGUCUUGCUCCUGAGGCGUUAUUUCGCAAAAUUUUACAAAAAUUACCAUCUUGUCGAACCGAAAAUGAAUUGGAGUAUGUAUAUCAAGAAUUAUUACUUGUUCCAGCCUUAUCAUCAUUUUCUAUGUCUGUUCGACAAGAGUUAUGUAAAUGUCUAAGUUAUGAAGUGCAUGAAAAUGCCACAGAUAUUGUUUUCUAUCAAGGUGAUCCCGGGAUAUCAUGGUAUAUUAUUUAUCGUGGAAGUGUUUGGGUUCAUGUGAAUGAUCAAGGUUAUGUUUGUCGUCUUUCUGAAGGUGAUGAUUUUGGUAAGCUUGCAUUGAUUACAGAUAAACCUAGAGCAGCAAGUAUACUAUUAGCUGAAGAUAAUUGUCAUUUUCUUAAAUUAGAAAAAGAUGAUUUUAAUAGAAUUCUACGCAAUGUAGAAGCAAAUACAGUUCGUUUAAAGAAAAAUAAUUUCGAUGUUCUAAUAUUAGAACGAAUUCCAGAUGUUAAAUUACCACUUUAUUCACAAACUGAAAUGUCACAUGAUAAUAUUAAGAAUGAAUCACAUAAAAUGACUUGCUUUAAUUAUUCAAUUAUAGCGGGAACAGUUGAACAAAUACUAUAUUAUUUGUUAGAAAGUCGUUUAAAUGGAUUAGAUAAUCAAUUACAUUUUCUAAUUAGUGAUGAAUUAUUUCCACCUUAUUUAUGUCCACAUAGUCCAAUCAAUAUUGAUCAAACAUGGCAAAAUUUCUUUCUUACUUAUACAUUAUUUACAACAAAUAAAGAAAUUCUAUUAUUUCUGUAUGAAUAUUUAGGUUGUGAUAAAUCAUUAGAAUCUAUACAUCACAAUCCAACUGAACAAUAUGAAAACAAUAAUAAUAGUACAAAUAAUUAUAAUAAUACUAAUGAAUAUCAUCACUGGCAAUUUCCUAAUAAUUUUCAGUUUAAUAUAACGAAAGUUGGUCGAGUUAUUGUAUUAUUUUAUAUAUGGCGUUAUUGUGUUGGUUUACUUAUGUUUGCUGAUCAAAUAGAAGUAAAUCAGUUUGUAGUGAAUUUAAAAACAGCAUUAAAUAAUAUUUAUUCUAUUCAAACAACUACAGAGAAUAUUAUUCACAAUGAAUUAGAUAAUCCUCAGGAUUUGCAAUUGCAUCUAACUUGCCUAGAUAAACUGAUAAAACAGAACGCAAAGCUAAUGACUAUCAAGCCGACUUCUGAUAAACAACAUACUUUAUCACCGAAUUUUUUACAUUUCCCAUGUAAUUUUUUGCGUACUUUACCGUUUGUUGGUAAUACUAAACGCGGAAUUAUCAAACUGAAUAAAACUCAAUUAUCAAAUAGUGGAGAACAUAGUGAUUCAUUCAUUGCGACCGAUAAGACAAUAAAAGACAAUGUAAAGUCAUUUGAAAUUCGUGAUACCUCUACCAUACACAAUAUACCAACUGAUCAACAUUAUACUGAACUCAAAUCAAGUCAUAUAUCAACUCCUAGUCUCUUAUUUGGUUUCCAUAUUUUUCCGAGCACUUUACCUUUGAUUAAAGCGAUACAUACAAUAACAUUUAAAGUUUAUGUUACUGAAUUACAAAAACAAAUUGAUAUCACUGCACCAAUUGAAUCAACUGUUUAUGAAAUUAAACAAUUAUUACUGUCUGAAUGGGAAAUGAAAUCUGAUAUCAAUGAACUGAAAAUGAUUGAAGUUUUCUCUAAAGGUGAAUGGAUAGUUUACCAAGACAAUGAAUGUGGAAUAAUGUUCGGUUUGUCACCUAAUGGGAGAUUAUUUUUAACACCAGAAAAUGCAGUUCAAAGUUUAGUCCCGUUGGCCGAACAACUGACGGUUACAAUGAAUUUUUUAGAAAUAAGUGAAGCAGAUCGUGUGCGAAAUUCGCAUCAGCAUGAAACAACAAGUUAUUGGAAUCUCAAAAAUGAUAUUUUAUUAUUAAAAAAGAAUAGGUCAAUACGAGCUUCUGUUCGUUUGUUAGAUGAAUUAAACAUUGAUGAACUAGCCACAACACUAUCCUGCUGUCAUGUUCAAUUAGCAGUUUGCAUACAUCCACAAGAAUUAUUGGAUUAUGUUAUCGGUGGUUGUAAAGUAAACAAGCCCUGUCCACAUAUUCGAACACUUGUUAGACGUUUUAGUCUUUUACAUGCAUGGACAAUUACUCAAAUUGUAACAACUUGUAAUUUGACAAGACGUGCGAAUUUAAUCAAGAAAUUGAUUAAAUUAGCAGAUCGUCUUGUUUCUCCGCCUUUAUGUGAUUUAUACAGUUCAUUUGCCAUUAUUUUAGGACUACAAAGUUCGUCGAUUACACGGCUGACGCAUACCUGGGAACGUGUACCUAAUCGAUGGCGUCGUAUACUGAAUAACAAUUUAUUACCUCUUACAGAUCCCUCUAAAAAUCAUCGAACGGCUCGUUUAUGGAAUAACUAUAAUAAUAAAAAUCCUACCAAUUGUAAUACACCAAGUACACCACGACUUCCAUUUCUGGCUUUAAUAUUAAAAGAUUUGAGAUUUGGUGAAGAUGCUAAUCAAACAGAUUAUCAUAAAUCAGAGGGUGGUAUUCGAUUGAUAAAUUUUGAAAAAAUGAGGCUUAUUGCUGGAAGUUUACGUUCAUGGGUUAAUUCAAUAUCAGGCUAUGAAUUAAUACAUUCACAUAAUCAGUUAAUCAGUUCUGAAAUAACAAAAAUGAAAUAUUCAGUCAUGACUAAUGUAACGGUACAAAAGCUUCUUGAAGUACCUAAUGAUUCACAAAUGUUUGUGCUAGAACAUUUAGAGUGUAUUGACGAUCCUCGAGUAAUAGCCGAAUUAUCAUUGAGAUUGGAACCUAAAAAGUAAUCAGUUAAUUCAAAUGGAAAUAACUGCAUGAGAUAUAUUUUUGUAAAAAGAUUACUGGAUUAUUGACAUGAUGUAUAUUUCCUUUACCUUGUAAAUAUAU